UAUUAAAAUGAAAAUGUUUGCUUGUGUUUUGCUGGUCACCAUAUUCGCUCAUACAAACACACUGCCACAGCAACCUGAGGAUCCAGACAAAAAUGUCAAUCUGGCUUUAGAAACUGUUCUAGAGUUUUCUAAUAAAUACCAAUCAGGCGAAGAAAAACUGCUAAACGUCGUUCAAAAUUUUAUCAACCGACUUAAAGAUGAAAUGCAUCAUGAUAAAUCAAAUAACUCUGGAAAACAUUCAAGGAGAUCUUCAAGCGAUAGCAAAGAUGAACUAGAAAUACUAGGCCUCAAAAUCAUCGAUAGAUUAAAUUAUUUAGAGAAUCAAGUAGAUGAAAUAAAGCAAAACAACGCUCUGAAGGAUUGUUCGACAAACGACAAAAACCAAACUGUAAAUUGCUUCAGUAGAAGUAGUAGCGGAAGAGAUAUAAAUGGCGACGGAUUUGUCAAACUUGUCGAAGUCCAAAAAGGAAGUUUAAGGCAAAAGUAUAACAUUACAGAUGACACGAGCGAUAUUGUUAUUAAGAAAUGCGAUAAAUGUAACGUUUCAAGGAUAUAUAAAAAGAUCUUAAAGACAAACGUGAGAGAAACGAAUGAAGCUACAUCAUCGAAUCAUACGAAUACGUUUAUGACAACGUCUAAUCUGAAAUUAUAUCAGGAGGAAUUGAAUCCGCCUCAUCAUCAUCACAACAGACCAAGAAUGAAUACAAAAACUAGCAUAUAUCACACAACUGCAAAAUCAAGUGAUGAAGUCAAGUUAGACCAAAUAAUUGUAAGAUUAAAUAAAACGAAAUUGUCAUUGGAUGAGAGACUAAGAUCAGUUGAUCUUACAACGAUAGCAACAGAGGCUACGUCAACAGUAAAUUUAACUCUAGCAACGAAUGAAAUUAUUCCUACAAAUCCUUCACCUUCCUUUAUAUCACAAAGAUACAAAAGAGGAAGGCAAUCAUCUGAGGAGCAACUUAACUGCUUCAAAGACGAUAUCAAAAUAAUGCUGGACGAAUGGAAAGACACUCAAAAUACCCUCCUAAAUAAGUUAAUUACUGAAGUCACUGAAAUAAAAAAACAAAAUGCUGAAAUUAAGCACACCAACGAAGAAAUUGAAAAAAAUUUACAAUUUCUCAACCAAAAAUACGAUGAUGUGCUAAAAAGGGUUGACUGUCUGGAAAGGGAACGUAAACAGCAUUUGUCAAAGAUCACUGAACUGGAAUCCACAAUUGAGGAUAUGCGAAGGUAUACAAAAUCGUCUUCUAUAGAAUUAAGAAAUGUACCAAUGUGCUCUGACAAUGAAACUAAAUCACAUCUGAUAAACCUUGUACAAAGUACUUGCAAAAAACUUAAUGUGGUUGCACAGAAAUCGGAUGUAAGGGAUGUCUCUCGAAUCAAUGGAAAGUCAGGAAAAAAGACAAUAGUUGUCGACCUAAACUCAGUGCUGGUUAAGAACGAAAUUAUCCAGGGAAUCAAAGCAUAUAAAAAACAGCAUCCGAAUAACCCACUCACAGCUGCUGACUUAGGAGUCCAGGGCCAACAUACUCCAAUUUAUAUCUCGGAAGCAUUAACACCUAGGGGCCGACGUUUAUUCUACUUAGCAAGAGACCUGGCCAAGACAAAUCAAUAUAAAUACUGCUGGACAAGCCUUGGAAAAAUUUACUUGCGUAAGGAAGCAGAAGGACCACGUAUUGAAGUUAAGGAUGAACUACAAUUAAUUUCCCUAAGAAACGAGAUGUGACUAGUUUUUGUUACAUUCUUAAUACUGUUCUAUUUAUAUUUAAUUGUUCUACUUAUUAACAUUUAUAUUUUACUCUUUACAAAUCUUGCUCUUAAAAACUUUCGUGUUAUGCCAAAUACUUGCCAGAAACCAAAAUUACCAUAUAAAUAUCACUCCUACUUAUGCACUCAAAUACAAUACCAUACAGCAAUACAAACAUAUUCUGAACUUUCUUCUUAUAACACAUCUAAUAAUGCGGAUGUAAUAUCAAUACAGAUUAUCUUCACAAUUUAUAAUAAAAAAAUUCGAUUGUUUAGACAAUGAUAACUUAAUAACCAACAUAGAUAAUAUCUUAGCUG